CAAAGCUGCGAUUGGUUAGUGUAGCAAUCUGUCAUGUUUGAAUAACCCAGCCCUCACCCAGGUACGGAAGCCAAGUGGAGACGGGUACGCGGCUGUGGGUCUCUGCCUGAGAGUAUGGCGAAUGGGAAUGUAUUGGUGUGAGGAUGAGGGUGAAGGAGAUGGAGAGACAGGGACAGGGAGAGAUGAAAGUGGAGAUGAAAAGCAAACGCGUAUAUUGCACUUUUUAGAAAUAAAUAUAUAUAUAUAAAUAUAUUUUUUUCUUUAAUAACUCAAAGCGAGACCUGUUUUUGGUUCCUAGUAUUACAAGGGCCGUGCUCGGUUAAGCACGUUUUGUUUUCACUUAGACAAGCUAGGCUAAUGAAAAAGCGCAAGUUAUUUCAAGAUAUCUUUUCUGUUCCUUGGAGCACAUUUGGACACUGCACUGGAAUUAUAUUUAUUAGUGGUAAUGUGAGCCAUUAGAUGUAAUAAAGUCCUUUGUGAUGUGAUUAAACAUAUAUGCGGUACAUAAGGUAUAUAUAUUUUGCAGGAGUAAAAAUAUGUCCCUUUUUUUAAAAUCCUUUUUAGAAAUUUAUUUUAGAUUUUAAUAUUAACGACAGAGUGGGUUUUUUGUAUCUUUAUUAUUUUUUCCCCUGCAAUUCUGUUUUUUCGGAAACAAUGCGCGAGUAUAAAGUGGUGGUGCUGGGGAGCGGCGGGGUCGGGAAAUCCGCUUUGACUGUGCAGUUCGUAACUGGGACCUUUAUCGAGAAAUACGACCCGACCAUCGAGGAUUUCUACCGCAAGGAAAUCGAGGUGGAUUCGUCGCCUUCUGUCUUGGAGAUCCUAGACACAGCUGGCACAGAGCAGUUCGCCUCCAUGAGGGACCUCUACAUAAAAAACGGACAGGGCUUCAUCCUGGUCUACAGUCUGGUCAACCAACAGAGUUUCCAAGAUAUCAAACCUAUGAGGGACCAGAUCAUCCGAGUAAAAAGGUAUGAGAAGGUGCCAGUGAUUCUGGUUGGAAACAAGGUGGACUUGGAGAGUGAGCGGGAGGUGUCCUCCGGAGAGGGUCAGGCACUGGCAGAGGAGUGGGGCUGUCCUUUCAUGGAGACCUCAGCCAAGAGCAAAACCAUGGUAGAUGAAGUGUUUGCUGAGAUUGUGCGGCAGAUGGACUACGCAUCCCAACCUGACAAGGACGACCCUUGCUGCUCCUGCAAUAUACAAUAGCAGGGAGUGGAAUGUCUGCUAUUUAAGUUUAUUAACUAGUCUUACAAGUGGCACCAGAACAAAAAUAAUCACUGAACAGCUGACAGAAAUCCCAAGAGUCACCGGUGGAUAAUCUGUGAAGCUCUCAGUUGUACAGACACAGAUAACUCAUUGAAUCCUGACAAAAUCCAUUCCAACAGUCACAGCAAGCGGAAAAGAAUCAAAACUGAUGGCUUGUAGGAUGAAAAAGACUGUUCAACUAAAAUAAACACAACACAUCACACACCGCGCAAAUGGUUUGAACCUCUUUCAGUUCAGGACUGUUGGCGGUGCUCAAACUGUACAAUGACAGGGAAGCUGAUUGCUACUGAAACAGCCCAAGCAGGAGGAAAGAGUGUUACUGUGGUCCAGGUUAUUAAACAUUUGAUGAGGAAUUGAGUAGUGUACCAGGUUCCUCUACAUAGGAAGGACAAGCCAUGUAAAACUUUGGAAAGUUUUUUAGUCACCUGAAGAGGAACAGCCAAGCUGACCGAGUGGAUCACUGGAUUUCAUGAACAUGAGGAUGAUGUUGUUACCAUGGUGCUCAGACUGUGCAAGCAGCUGCUCGUCCGUCUGGCUCUGCUGCUGCUUUAUGUGUUCGCAGAAGAAAUGACAAACACGGGGCUUCUUUAGAAAGCAGGAAUUGGUGUUUAUUAUUUAUUUCUUCACACUGCAUCUGCUCUUAUUACAAUUAGACAUCUGAAAAGCAUGCCAUUUGUUUUUACCGAGACCGUGUUGACAGGAAGUGAAACAUAGUUCUGCAUUCUCACAUUUCAUUAAAAUGAAACCAGCUGUAAAAAGUCAUAAUAAAUAAAUCCAUAUUUCCAUUUUUUUUUAAGGGCUGAGGUUUUUUUUUUGGUCUAAGUAAUGGAAUAAACAGAAUCCCUGAAACUCUUCUUUUGAUUUUUUCUUUCUUUGUCAGAAUAAUAUAAGGAAUUAUCAGGAUUGUAUCUGGACAGGCAGGAAAAGUGAACUCAGAAUUUAGUCUCAUGCAACCCAUCCAAUGAGUUUUCUUCAGAUUCAUUUUCUCUGUUUUCGGAGAGGGGGGCUUCAGAAUGGCUGUAAAUAUUUUUUAAUAAAAGGUGCUCGUUCUACAAAAGACAAUUGUGCAAUUCUCUGUAGGGUCAAUUACAGAAAAAUUACAAAUAAGGACACCCAUUACAGUCAAGUUUGGUAAUACAGCAUGCAGGGUCCUUAUCUAAAAACUCAGAAGCUGGAGGCUGUCCAAAAAAGUUGAAAAACUUUUUGAAAGUUGAAAAACUCUUUGAAACAAAAAAACCAUUGUCGUCUUACUAGUUUAGUUUAGUUUUUCAUUUCUGACUCUGCUGCUUUCUUUUAAACUGUACAGUAUAAUGACUUGAGAAAUUCUACAGUACCAACAGUUCCUGAAAAGCCACCAAGAAACCCUGCCUUCAAUGUUAAGAUUGUUAGUGUUGCACAGUACAGUAAUAAGAAAGCAUUACAUCUAACGCUAAACUUGUUAUUUUGACUUUUCCAGUGAAGAAUUGUAUGGAACUCUUACUAAUUUUGCAUUUGUUUAUUUAUUUUCUCUACUUUCUUGAGUUAUUUACACUUUUAAACCACAAUGUGAGCCAGCGUUGGGGUCAAUUCCUGUUUUUCAAUUCCAUUUUUUUAAAAAUAAAUUCCCAAAUCCAAUUCCUAUUACAUUUUAAUCAAUCCCAACAAAUCCUUGAUCAAAAUUACGCUCACAGUGGCAAGAAAUUACUUAAAUCACAAAAGUCGCUGUUCAAUGAAUUGGCUUCAAAUUAAAGCAUUUGAACAAACACAAUAAUUAUGUCUGUAAAAUAAAAAUUAAAAUUCCUUCAAAGGAAUUGGAAUUGAUUAAAAAAAUUGUCCCCAACCCUGAUAUGAACACAGGGAUAUAGGUUAAAACAAAUCGUUCUUGUGCUUUGGAUAAGUUUUAUUCAACUUGAAAUCCUACAUGAAAGUGGAUUGUACUGCAUAGUUUCCAUAACUGUGGAACAAUUUGAAAUGCUUUAACUUGAUGCCUGACGCUGUCCAUUGAUCACUGUAUACAUUUUCACGAAUGUACAUGCAAAAUCGGAAUAAACAUUUUGAUUCCAAGUUUAAA